GAAUGUGGCCCUGGAGAACAUGUAAAAACACCAUGUAGCGAUACACAAGGAGUAACUUGUGAACCAUGUCCUCGUGGUACCUUCAGUAGCAGUACCAACGUUGCUCACAACUGCGCAGGGUGUACUUACCUUGAAUGCCAUCAAAACGCCGUUAUAGAAUCAGAAUGUUCAUCUGUAUCUGACAAGGUUUGCAAAUGUAAACCUGGUUACGAAGAGCAUACCGUUACUGGAGACGGGCCUAGUUGUUUAAGAAGUUACACAUCAACAACAAGCGCUGAAGGUAAGUCACACGAUGAAAGGUGUUUUUAA